AUGGUAUCUCUUCGAUAUUUAUCAGUUUCUUUUGCUAUAAUUGCUGCUUUGAGCAUCAAUUUAGUAUUAUCACAAGAUUUCCAAAAUACUACAUAUGUUGCUUCAUUCACCUCAUCUGCAGAUAUCGGACCACUUUCAGUGACAACUUAUUUUUCACCAGAUACAUCCAUUCAAACUGAAACUAAUUUGGUUAUUAACGCUGUAAGUUCAAUCGAUAUUGCCAUCCCAAGUUUCAGUUCAUGGGCAUAUUGUUCAUCGACUUAUAACGGUGUCUAUGGUUGCACUGUUAAGGAUCAAAGAACUACAGAGACUUUCCCAAUUUUCAAUGCACUCUUGAAUGCCAUUCACCGUGGUGUUACUGUUAGAAUCCUCACCAAUAACUACUAUAGUCAAAACCAAACCUUGACCACCGGAUACAUCGAUCCAAUCAGUUUCUUGGCUGUUGCUGGUGCUCAAGUUAAAUAUUUCACUACUCUCACUUUCCUCCACUCCAAGUACAUGAGUAUCGACGGUAAGAUCGUUUCUAUCUCAUCGAUUAACUACAGUAAGACUUCGUUCAUGAAGAACAGAGAAGCUGGUGUUAUUGUUGAAGGUGCACCACCUAUCGUAGAUUUCACUACAUCUGUUUUCGAAUAUGAUUGGAAUAUGGGUAUUGCAUGGCCAACUCUUACCUACUCAUCUUCAGACAUGAAGAUUAUCAAAGAUAAAUCAAAUAUCGAUGUUGUAAUUCCACCAGCAACCAGUUUCCCGGGAAGCUUUGUCACCACUGCCCAAACCACCACUGGAGAUAUUAAUGCUUUGGUAUUCACCUCGCCAGACAACGCUUGGGAUAUCGUCACCUCUGACAUCCACAACUCAAAGACACUCAAGGUAUACAUCUACCAGAUUACCAACUCUGACUGGUGUGAUCUCCUCGGUAACUACACUGGUAAGCUCACCAUCUUGGUUUCCAACAAGAUCUUCUCGUACACCGACUAUCUUAGUGCAUUGGCCUGCUACAAACACCUCAAUGCCGCCGGUAUCACCAUUAGAAAGACCAACGCCAACAUGUACACUUACUCUCACCAGAAAUUCUGGAUUCUCGACGAUGACCGUGUCUACGUUUCCACUGGAAACUGGGGUGACACUGACUAUCCAUCGGGAUCACAAACAUUCCCUCCCUACGAUCAAGAUCCAUCACAAUGGCGUAAGACAAAUCGUGAUUUCACCAUUAAGAUGCAAGACUCAGGCGUAACAUCCAUCUACAGCACUCUUUUCGAUGAAGACUAUGAAAGAGGAUACGACUGGUCUCCAUAA